GGCAUUCUCAUCAGUUGUAAUUUAAUAGCCAAGGGUGCGUUUCACACUUUUUCUCUUGUUCUAAUUUUUUAUUUUUAUUUUUAUUAUUAUUUAUUAUUAUUUGGUAUUUAAUACAUAAAAAAGCAAGAUAUUUUUGUCAGUCAAUCGCAAUGAGUAUGUUUCACUUGAUAUAUUCCAAAUUACUUCGUGUUUUUGUUUUUGUUUUUGUUGUUCAUCCACCCCCCCUUCUCUGCAUUUGAAACUCCAAAUGGCGAAUUCCACAACCCUCAAUCAACUAAAUCACCCUUGGCUUUUUUAAUUUAUUUGCUUUGUUUUGCUUAGGCUACGGAGGAUUUAACCAAUACAACAGCGGCAGCGGAGCCAACGACUACAGCUACGGCGGUGGCAGCAAUAUGGAUGCCAAGCCAUCAUUCACACCCAACCAAUCCGGCGGCUGGAUGAACAGUACCAGCGGCGGUGGCGACGACGACAACAAAACCCGCGGCGGAUACAAAAACCAAACUCUCCGCCCAGUAACCAUCAAGCAACUCACCGACGUGACGCCCGUCAAGGACGAUUCCCCAAUCAUGAUUGACAACGAGGAGAUCAAGCAAGUAACGUUUAUCGGCGUCGUGCGUAGUUUCAGCCGCCAGCAGGUUAAUCUGAAUUACUCGGUAGAGGAUGGAACGGGGAAGAUUGAUGUGAGGGUUUGGUCUAAUGAGGAUGAACCGGAGGAUAUUGACCCUGGGGUGAUGGAGGGCAGGUAUGUGCGGGUAUAUGGGGAUUUGAAGUUCUUUAAUGGAAAGAGGCAUGUUUCGGCGCAUAAGGUUCGGCCGGUUGUUGAUCAUAAUGAGAUUGCGUAUCAUGGAAUGGAGGCCAUAUACGUUCAUCUGACGAAGACUAGGGGAGUGGCUCCGGGCCUCCAAAAGAACUCUGGUGCUGCUGGUGCUGGUGCUGGUGCUGCUGGAAUAACAGCUCAGUCGGCGUAUGCUCCGGCUGGUGGAAACGCUUUUGGACAGAUUGGUGGCGGUGUUUCUGGAGUCACUCCAGCACAGGCGGCUGUUUUGGAGGCUAUAAAGAUCACACCCUGUGGACAUGAGGGUAUGUCUGUUAUUGCUAUUAACAACCUGCUGGCUAACAGGUUUUCACCAGACCAGAUCCAGUCCGCUAUGCAGUGGCUCAUUGGCGAGGGUCAUCUCUACAACACCAUUGACGAUAACCAUGUUCAGACGACCAACAUGAUGUAGUGUUUCCGUUUUCCAUUUCAGUUUUAUUGUUUUUGGUUCAAAAAUUAUCUUGCUCAUAAAGAA